GAGGUGAUCCAGAAGAAAACUGGCUAUAUUGUAAUGAGAGCAGAGGGAGUAUAUGAUGUCCAUGCCCAUGCAUCUAUUUAUUUGCCAUCUGAGGACUUGAGUAUCAAAAUGCCAGAGGAACAUCAGUAUGAAACAGUAUCUGGUUUUGUAUGUGAAGUAUUUGGAUACAUCCCUAGGGCUGAUGAGAGCAUCAAAGUUGUCCUAAAAGGGAUAAUUAAGAUGAUGAUGAUAAGCAUGAUGAAGAUGGAUCUGGUCAUCAAGAUUUGAAGGAAAGGCAUCAAAUAUAUAGACUUGAGGUAGGGUAAAAGAACCGAAUGGAUUUCAGUAGAAAAAACUAAGAAAAUGAAUGUAGCUAGCAAUCAUGCAGUCUCUUGACUCUCUUCCACAUAUAACUUUCUGAAAUCAAUGCUAUUAUGGGGGCAUGCAUUUGUUCAUAUAGGAAUCUGCUUUUAUGUGGUUCAUCCUAUGAGAUGCUUCAUUUGGUGGCUCAGUUUGCUAAAAGAAACUUAGCAACUGAUAAUAAUAAUUCAUAUACUUC